GUCUCGUGUCCAAGAGCGGGAGCGCGUGUUGGUGCCGAGCGCAGUGCGUCCCUCCCCCUCCUUUCUCUCGCAGUCUCUCUCUCUCACACACACAGGUCGGGAGCGAGAUCUUCUCUCAGUGUGCAGCAGCCGAGCCAGCGGCCAUCGCGCCAUCUCCUCCCGCUCAGGGCCGCUCCAGCCUCCCAGCACCGCAGCCGCAGGAAGGAGGGGAUCCAUCGCCCGAGGCGCUCCGUCUCCCCCUCCCUCCCUUCCCAGGAGCGGUCCCUGCACCGCCUCACCGAGGAGCUUCCUCUCUCCCCCCCCCCUUCCUGCAGCCAGGCCCGAGCCUGCCAGCCCUCGCCGCGCUCUCUCUCCCGCACACACACGGCCCCCCAGCAUGUCGGCGCCGGCGGCCAAAGUCAGUAAAAAGGAGGUGAACUCCAACCACGACGGGGCGGACGAGACCUCAGAAAAGGAGCAGCAGGAAGCCAUUGAGCACAUUGAUGAAGUACAGAAUGAAAUAGACAGACUGAAUGAACAAGCCAGUGAGGAGAUACUGAAAGUAGAACAGAAAUAUAACAAACUCCGCCAACCAUUCUUCCAGAAGAGGUCAGAGUUGAUCGCCAAAAUCCCAAAUUUCUGGGUUACAACAUUUGUCAACCACCCACAAGUAUCUGCACUGUUGGGUGAGGAAGAUGAAGAAGCACUUCAUUAUUUGACACGGGUGGAGGUGACAGAAUUUGAAGACAUAAAGUCUGGUUACAGAAUAGAUUUUUAUUUUGAUGAAAACCCUUAUUUUGAAAACAAAGUCCUGUCUAAAGAGUUUCAUUUGAAUGAAUCUGGAGAUCCAUCUUCAAAGUCAACAGAGAUAAAAUGGAAAGCUGGAAAGGAUCUGACAAAACGUUCCAGUCAGACACAAAAUAAAGCCAGUCGGAAGAGGCAACAUGAAGAACCAGAAAGCUUCUUUACUUGGUUCACAGACCAUUCUGAUGCAGGUGCAGAUGAGCUUGGAGAGGUCAUAAAGGAUGACAUCUGGCCAAACCCAUUACAGUACUAUCUGGUACCAGACAUGGAAGACGAAGAAGGAGAGGGUGAAGAAGAAGAUGAAGAUGAUGAAGAAGAGGAAGGACUCGAAGAUAUUGAUGAGGAAGGAGAUGAAGAUGAAGUGGAAGGAGAGGAGGAAGAUGAUGAUGACGAGGAGGGAGAAGAGGCAGAGGAAGAUGAAGGCGAAGAUGAUUAAAUGACCACGUUGUUUGGAUUUCACCCCUUUUUUUAUUUUAUUUUUUUAUUCAGCCCCGGGAGCAAGAUGCUAUUGUAAUUUUUUUGUUUUUUUCCCCCUUUUUGGUUUUUUAAUCGUGUGCUCAAUCGCCUUGUUCUCUUGGUCCUUUUUUCCUUACCUUUCUCCCAUGGUUCUUUUUUUUUCCCUUUGGGGGAAGGGUUGAGAACCAAGUAAAAUGCAGUGGAAAUCUCUAACCAUAUUUUGUCCCCAUGUCCUUUCUCCUAUUCUCCAACAAACUACAAACUGUAACAUCCUAUGGUCUGUGGGGCGUGAAUGCGUCUUGGCUGCCAUCUUGAGUGCAAGCCAGGAAGUGUUAAACCCUGUGUGAUAGUUCAUAGCAAUCUAGUGGUUAUCCUUUAAUUUUUAUUUUGUUUCCUGUGUAUAUUGGGCUAAGAGGUUACACUGUGUUUCCAUGUGAAUACGGACCGAUAACAUACCAACAUGUAACAGUCUAAUUUUCUUUUUCCUUGUUUAAAAAAUGAUUAAAACGUAAAAAUAAAAAAAAAAUAUUGGGGUGGGUUAGUCAGUUGGGUGGGUUUUCAGACAGUGGGAGGGGGUUGGGAGGUUUAGGUUGGGCAUUUUGGAAACAUGGCGCUUUUUUUUUUUCUCCUCCUUUUUUUUGGCAUGUUUGUGAUUUACAGGACAUCCAUGCAGUUUAAGACACUUUUAAAAGAAAGUCAAAAUAAACAUCAUAAUAACGGCUGCCAGCUCUUCAGGACCUUACAGGACGUUAUUGGAAACAGACAGUCUCAAAUAUAACUUUUUUCUUUUUUUUUUCUGGAAAGGAAAAUGAUCAGUUUUAAACGUUAAAGUGUACAAGUUGCUUUGUUACAAUAAAACUAAAUGUGUACACACAUACCUGCUGGUUUUCACUUGGAUGCUACCUCCCUUCCCUCCCUCUUCCUUUUCAUAUUAGUUUUGUGCUUUCUCCCCUUCCCCCCCCUCUCCCCCCUUUGAUUAAGACUUCUAUUUAAUGUUUUUGAUACAGGGCAUUUUGUAGUAACCUUCAAACUUUGCAGCCUAGCAAUGUCUUGCCAGGCUGAGAUUCUCAACAUACAGUCAGCACCUCUCCACUCCAUUGAGAAUGGAGUUUUUGUGGUAAUUUUUGUAAUUUGCUUGGCGAAAGUGUUUUAGUAGGCACUUAAUCUGAUUCCUAGUCUGUUAUAAAUCUACAUUUUUGCUGUCAGAUUUUGCCUGUUAAUCGACACUACAAAUAAAGUAAAUUGGUGUGAUCUGUA